AAAAAGUUAAUAAUGUUCAGUAAUUUGGGGAAAAUUAGUUCCUCUUUACGCUUCAAUUUACUGCGGACAGCAGUUCAGACCAAAGAUAACGUGCGAUGUUAUGGAAUUGUUAGAUCAUGGGGACUACAGUCGAGGUGUCAUGAGACUUCAAGAACAUUGAGAUCCUCAUUCCCCAAAUUUUUGAUUCCCAAAUUGAUGAGAUCUUUUGCGGAUCAAUCAGUCAUCAAGAUAAACACUAAUGUAGCCAACAAUGUUCUUCUCUGGAAAUUCGAACGCCCAAAGUUUUUUAGAAACAUUGCCAUUUUCACUGUCCUACAGUUUACGGUACUGAUGACGUGCAGUUAUGCUGCAUGGACAGUCAUUCCGAUAUACAGAAAUGAUAUGACAUGGAAAGAUUAUUUUAAAAAGGCGUAUUUGUCGGGGGUAUUGUGGUUUUUCUCAGCAUUCUCAGCGAUUGUUACCUCUGUGUUGAUCUGGAUCUUCAUCCGCAAAUCUCUGAAAUACAUAAUCUUGAACAAAGGAGGAACCAGUGCGACGCUUGUGACCUAUCAUCCCUUUAAAGAGUCUAUAGCCAAAGUUGUGCCUCUCGAAGAUCUUAUUGUCAAGAAAGACCGAAAUGAUGUUGGAACUUUUAUCUCUCUGAGGGUAAAAGGCACCCGCUUCUUCCAUCUAAUCGACAAGCAAGGUACCUUCGUGAAUCCAGAUCUGUACGAUCUAACUGUAGGCCUUGAUCGAACUCACAAACCUGUGAAGAAGAGUGCAGUCUCCCGUGUGGGAUGAAUAUUAAGCUUUGUAUUUUACUUAAAUAAUAAACUAUUUAAUUGAC